AUGGACAACGCGGACGGGCAAAGCACCGGGUCGCCACUGUGCCCGGUACGGCCAUGGCCUAUCCCAGAUGCUGAUCGCAGUCCCAAGGCGAUAUCGGACUAUAUCUCCUUAGUAAACCAGACAUACCCUGGGGGAUUCCGGGCGCUAAACGUAGCGAAAAUCACCGAGGGCACCAACGAUGAGAGCGACGAUACCAAUAUGGCCGAUGCCGAUCAGGAGGGCGAGGGCAGUGGCGAUGGUCCAUCUACCGAGAAGGAUCCCGUGGACGCUCGGAACGAAAGUUUGCAGAGUCUAGCCACUGCUCAUUACAGCGCCCUCUUUGCCCUCGACCUUGUCUCCCUCCUACUCACGAAAGAGAACCCCGUUCAAGCAGGCAAUACACUACGGCAGGACCUCCGCGAGCUUGUCGGGAUCGGAACGCUAGCAUCCCAAAAGCACGCCGAGUCCAACGUCACCGCCGACAAGAUCAAGGACUUGGGAGACGUGACUGCGGGAUGGCACAUUCUCUCAGUUGAGGAGACGCGAGACUCUGCUAAAAAGGCUGCUGAAGUCCUCCAGACGGAAGUGGAGAAGGAGGCCAAAUACUGGGAGGAUGUGCUCACGGUAGUCGAGUCCGGGUGGUCCGUGUGCAGACUACCUCAGGAGAGGCAGACGCUGAGCGUGAAGUUUGGUUUUAAUGAAGCCUCACCCGAGUUCCGGAAACAUAGUCUCGCACCCAUGCGCCGGGCCACCGACGGCAGCGUUGAACUGGACCUUGGGAGUCUGGGAGGGCAGGCUCAGCGACUUGUCAUCACGGUUGAGAGGGACGGGAAAAUAACCGGCCAGAAGUCUCAAACCGCCCAGGGCCUAAUUGGUGGUGAGGGGUCCUUGCCUGAUCGCGUUCUAGAAGCUCGGAAUACCAUUUACGCGCGGGAGCUCUGGCACGAGCUCCAGAUGGAAGCCCGCAACCUCCAGUCAUACGACGUUCGGCAGCAUGAAUCGAGCAUCACUUACACGCGCCCUACUGGGCUCAAAGUUCGCAUUCAGCUUUUAUCGGCCGACGAGUGCGCUCCCGUUGAUCAAGGACUGCCCGAUAACUGGCUGGCCGAAUCCCUCCACAUAACUUUGCAUGUCCUUCUCGGCUUCUCCCACCGCCAAUACGAAACAACGCGGUCACGACCGCUGCCUCCCAACCAAUCUCGUGGUAGGCUACAGAAUCAAAUCCACCUUCUACGGCCUGUUAUAGCCUGGCACGUAUAUAUGGAAGCCGUAGAACAGUGCACAAACUAUAUUGGCGGUCUAGUUAAAAGCCUUCGCAGCGGCAAGAUGGCUGACGCAAAAUUCGAGCUAAACACGACUCAAAAUAUCCUCACUGACCCAACUGCCGUCUCGGGUGCUGGCCGAGCCCGUUUGAACCCGACUCAUGCCGUGCUCAACGGCAACGUUCUUCAUCUAAGUUUCCGGAUUGACCUUACCAUCACUCCUGGAAACCGCCUCACCAUCAUGGGCUGUACAUUGCUGGCACGCGCAGCCGCCACGGUUUACCAAAUAAGCUUACCCAACCUAGCAGGCUCGGAGCAUCCCAACACCCUCAUUGAAUCAUGCCCGCCUCACCGUGACUAUCCCAACCUCUCAGAAGUGCGUUGCUACGUCGAUCAGGCUGUCUCAUGCGCCCUUGUCAACUACUUCCGCCCACAACUCGAAGACGCCGAGAAAGAGGGUCUCGUUCGACAGAACGGAUCGCUCGAUUCAAUAGCUUCCAUUGAUGGCUUCGACGCGGAAGACAAGGCCCUUUGGGUCAAAGGUGUGGCGGGGACAUCACUUUACACGGCGGCGAGCUCACCGAGAGAGCUCGCCUUUGCCGUUGCCGGCCCUUUGCACGACCCCAUCUUGAAGUGA